GAAGGGCGAGUGCGGCAGGAUAACCUCAUUCUGUCUGCAUCGCUAUUUGGAAAUGACUGGACGAGGAAAAACCGGCGGCAAAGCUCGGGCCAAGGCCAAGUCUCGCUCAUCCCGGGCCGGGCUGCAGUUCCCGGUGGGCCGUGUCCACAGGCUCCUGAGAAAGGGCAACUAUGGUGAGCGGGUGGGUGCUGGAGCCCCGGUCUAUCUGGCUGCUGUGCUCGAGUAUCUGACGGCUGAAAUCCUGGAGUUGGCCGGCAACGCGGCCCGGGACAACAAGAAGUCCCGCAUCAUCCCCAGACAUCUGCAGUUGGCCGUCCGUAACGACGAGGAACUCAACAAGCUGCUGGGAGGGGUGACCAUCGCCCAGGGCGGGGUGUUGCCCAAUAUCCAGGCCGUGCUGUUGCCCAAGAAAACCGGUGGAACCAACAAGGGGGUCCGGCAGUUAUUUUCCGCGCUUCUUCUGUUGCGGUCUGUGAUUGGUGCACAAGGCAGCUCUCUGAUUGGGUUAUGCUCUUCACCAAUGACAUUAGGCACUGCUCCACCAAUCAUUAGCGUCCCUCCGCAUUCCUCCAGAAGGUAUAAGAAGGGCGAGUGCGGCAGGAUGACCUCAUUCUGUCUGCGUCGCUAUUUGGAAAUGACUGGACGAGGAAAAACCGGCGGCAAAGCUCGGGCCAAGGCCAAGUCUCGCUCAUCCCGGGCCGGGCUGCAGUUCCCGGUGGGCCGUGUCCACAGGCUCCUGAGAAAGGGCAACUAUGGUGAGCGGGUGGGUGCUGGAGCCCCGGUCUAUCUGGCUGCUGUGCUCGAGUAUCUGACGGCUGAAAUCCUGGAGUUGGCCGGCAACGCGGCCCGGGACAACAAGAAGUCCCGCAUCAUCCCCAGACAUCUGCAGUUGGCCGUCCGUAACGACGAGGAACUCAACAAACUGUUGGGAGGGGUGACCAUCGCCCAGGGCGGGGUGUUGCCCAAUAUCCAGGCCGUGCUGUUGCCCAAGAAAACAGGUGGAACCAACAAGUAAACGAGAAAA